AUGGGCAGCGGCAGCAGCCGGAGCGGCCGCGCGCUGAGGCGGCUGCGCAGCCCUGACAGCCGCCCAGCGGGGCCCGGUGGGGCAGCCCCAGAGGGCGGGACCGGGCCGCCGGGCUCGGCGGCGGCGGCGGCGGCGGCGGCCCGGGAGGAGGACCGGGAGGCGGCGGCGGAGGCGGCAGAGGAGGCGGCCGGCCCCGGCCCCGCGGCGCCCCCCGACGGCGGGGACGAAACCUUGCGCCUGCUGGACCAGCUGCUGGCCGAGUCGGCGGCCUGGGGCCCCGGGGAGCUGACCCCGCGAGGCCCGGCGCGGCCCCGACCCGCAGCCGGCGCCGGGAGCCCGGUGUCCCCAAAACAGAGCACCGAAGACCACCCAGGGAACAGCAGUGCCUCCUCCGAAGCCCCAGACAGCUGCUACACGAGGCCCGAGAGGCAGUUGGCCAUCACGUAUGACCAGUCCGAGGAGGAGCUGAUGGCCAGCAUCGAGCAGGAGUUCUGCAGCUGAGCCGGGCAGGGCAGCAGCCGCGAGUCACCCCCCAGCCAAAGCGCCGCUCCUCCCAGACCCCGCCCCACCUGAUGAGGGGCUCUUAGGAACCUGGGCUGGGGGCGCACAUCCCCCUGCCCCGCCCGUGGCUCACUGGAGCUGAGCCAUCUCCAACAUGCAGUUCCUCCUGGAUCUUUCACUACUGGCCUUUUCAAAUCCAGAUUCAGACGGUCCUGGAUGUGGCUGGCAACUGGCCAUCACACUUGCUGGCAAGAGGUGGUCAGCUGUGCAGACCCAGGCCAGAAGGAAGGUGCAGGUGCCGCCCCACAGGUACGUGGGCAGCUGAUCUACCAGAUCCCUGCCCCCGACCCUGGUCUCUGCAGAGGGCCUGUCUACAAGGUUCUCCUGGAUCUUGAAAUGUUUCCCCUUUCUGACGACCCACUCACCACUGGAUCCGAAGAAGGCUCAUUAGCUGAGUGUGGCUCAGACAGGAUGCCCUAGGGCCUCUCACCCACGUCCUGCAGCAUCUCAGGAAGCUUCCCCUCUGGAGGGCACACCCAGGAGGUCUGCUCUCCCCAGCUGUAGGGGGUCAACCCAGGUUCUGCAAAUGAAUUACCGGGAGAAGUUGUUGAAAUGCAGAUUCUGAUUCUGUGGGUCUGGGGCGGGGGCCAGAGAGCCUGCAUUUCUAAGCAGCUCCCAGGUGAGGACCCCGGCUGCUGGAUCCCAGUCUGAGCUUUAAGCCUGGCUGACUUUUCCUUCCCCGAUGCUGGAGGCUGCUCAGAGCCACAGCCCACCUACCUCCCCUGAGAGAGGCCCUGCCCCUGCUGUGGGUAUGGUGGCAUGGGAACCGGAGACCCCAGUUCCGAUCCUCCCUGUUGCACUAACUCGCAGGCACUCUCCCUCUCUGGGCCUCAGUUUCUUUCUCUAGAAGGUGAGUCCUGCAGGCUCUUCAGGCGCUCCCAUCUCGGGUCAUCCAGGAUGACACAAUCCCAGGCUUCCCUGGUCUCUGCUGUUCCCCCCACCCCCACCCCGGGGCACAGGACUGCCUUCCCUGCUGAGGGUGAGCAGCAGCCCCACUGGGAAAGGGUCUUCAGGGCCGCCUGCUCUUCCCAACGGGAGAAGGUAGCAAAUCACAGCAUGAGGCGGGAGAGCCUUAAGACAUUCCGAGCUGACAGAUGAGAAGGACUUCUAGCCAUCCAGUCACGUGAGUCAGGCAGGGCCUGAAGGAGAACCACAGCCUGACUGGAAGGCAGGCUUGUGCCCUGGGCCCAGAGUGGCUGCUCUGGGAAAGCUCAGGGUGGCGAGCGGUCAGAGCAUUUGGGAGGCCAGGUCCGCGGAGCAGCUGGUGAGGACGUCGGUACAUGGGGGCAUGGAGGGGACAGUCGCUUCCCCCCAGCCAGAAUAGGUCUCAGCUCGUCUCAUGUUUGCCACCAACAUAUUGGCCUCCCUGGCAUCACCUGCAAAUCCAAGAGCAUCUCAGAAACCGAGAACCAGCCCCUUGGUACUGCUCCCAGACCCACAGGGCUGUGGCCAAAAUGGCCACAUGGCUGUUUUCACGAACCUCUAUGACUUGACAAGACUGCCUUUGAUCAGAACCACAGCUGGGAGAUUUUAACUUCAGAGUCAGAGCACCUUCCAUCUCUGAGGGUUUGCUCAGAACCUCCCCAAAGAAAUCUAUUUCUCAUCUAAGCCCAAACCAUUUCUUUUGAUAUAAAGAUUAAAGCCAUUACUAUUUUAAUAAUACAAGUACUUCUUUUAAAAGAAGUUCAAAAUUUCUUACCAUUAAGUCAGGCCUUGAAUUUAAUGAUGUAAAAUGUUUGUAAUUUUACAUCAUUAAUUUAUAGUUACAAUUUUCCAUCACUAAUUUGGUAAAAUGGAACACGUUCAGUGAGAAAGAUGAUACCUUGCACUUUCCAGUGGCAACCUCAUAAAACCCAUAAUGAGAUGAAAGUGUAAGAAAUUCUUCAUGUCCUUACAGUCUAUGUCAUGUCAAGGUGAAUGCACUUCAUCAAAGCUAAGAAGUCACA